CUUUGCAAUGUGCGGAAUACAUACAUAAAAAUAGACGGAAAAUGUGAUUCCUACAUCGAAUGCCGGGUUAGUUAGGUUUUAAUAGUAUUUAAUGCCUAAUUUCUUGGCUAUGAUCUAUAAUACUUAAGUUUUAUGUUUUCUACUGUAUUAGGACUAUCGCUCGACUGAAAUGCUAUGCCCAGAUGGUCUUCAUUUCAACUCUAACGCGCAGUGGCCGGCCUAUGCUUGCGGUUACCCUCAGGAUGUGCCUUGCCUUGAUCGUGAAGUGAGCCAACCAUCGAAUCCUACAGCUGAAUGCCCACAUCAAUACGGAUACUUCACGUCUCCCGCGGCUGACCCAAAUGACUGUGGUCAUUAUCGCAUUUGCAACGCCGGCAGAGCCAUUGAAAUGUUUUGUCCAACAGGCUUAGCAUUCAACCCGGUUACUGCCCAAUGCGACUGGCCUGAACUUGUGCCUACCUGCAAUGUCGAAACUUACCUUGGUCAACAGUGCCCUCCAGCUGAACUUGACCGAAGUGGAAAUCCAAUAGUAACCAACUUUAAGUAUGAAGGCGACUGCUACGCUUUCUACUCGUGUAUGAACGGACACGCUCGUAUUCUGUCCUGUGAUAGUGGACUUGCAUUCAACCCUGUAACCAGUCGUUGCGAAGAUGCGGAUCGCGUUCAAUGCGAUGUAGACAAAUAUAGUUAA